ACGCAGUUACGACUUGUGCUUUCUGCUUAGGAGUUGUAUGCAGUUCGGGAUUAGACGUCAAACGUCCGUCGUCUCAUCUUCGCUGGAUUGCCUUUACUCUUUCCCUCUAAACAAAUCAGAAGAGGAAGAACCCCAAACCCUCUAUUUCCGUUCCCAAGGUUCUACGAACAUGUCGGCGCUUUUCAAUUUCCAUUCAUUUCUGACGGUGGUGUUGCUGGUGAUCUGCACUUGCACUUUCUUGAAGAUGCAGUUUCCUGCUAUCCUUGAACAGAAAACUGGGUUUCGGGGUUUUUUCUGGAAGGCUGCAAGAAUAGGUGAACGGUUGAGCCCAUGGGUGGCGGCUGGAUGCUUCACAAUGGGCGUGUCGAUCAUAUUUUUCUGAGUGACAUUUCCCUGAUGUUGUGAAGUAAAACAAUAGCUUUGCUCUUCAACUUUAAUCGUAGGUUGGUAUUUGAUUCCUUUAACCCUUGUUAAAAUUUUGGUUGUGAAAGAAAAGAUGAACCUGUUUCUGUUCAUCAUUGAAUAC